AUGGGCAAUCUACUAAUCAGCUGUUGUCGUAGUUCCAAACAACCAGAAGCUAUCUAUUCUGAAUCGGCAACAAUCAUACCGAUUGCGAGAACUCCUAAAAGUGCUUUUUAUGAGGCAUGUCGUGGUGGUAACACAGAAAAAGUACGAGAACUCUUAUUGUCACUGUCGCUUGAUGAAAUCAAUCGAAUUGAACCUAAUGGCAGUACUGCUUUGCAUGCAGCAUGCUAUUUUAAACAUCCUGAGAUCGUCAAACUUUUAUUAGAAGCUGGAGCAUGUCGUUCUAUACGUAAUCGUCUGUAUCAAUUGACGCCUUAUCAAGAAGCUGGAAGUGAUAUCCGGAAAUUAUUUUUCCGUGUUCAACUAUCAACAUCGCACGUGUUUGACCAUCGUUUUGUUGGUAAAUCUGGGAUUAAGGAAUGGACUAUUGUAUCUAAGGAAGCAGAGCAAUGGAAGGAUAAUCUUAAUAAAGUAUUAGUCAUUCAACAAUCAAUUCCACAGAUGUUUUGCUUUUUAAGAGACCAUUACAUAAUUGGCGAAUUUUACAAUACAGAUAUUUCACUGAAACAGAAAGAGCAUAUCCUAUGGUUCUUCAACCAAGCAAUCCUGCACAACGAUGUGAAAUACAUUCUCAAAGCAUAUACAUCAGCUACAAAAUUUCAUUCAUUUGUUAACAAUCAUUUUGCAGAUAAUAUUCUACGUCUUUUUCGUUGGCGUGAUAUCUCUUUACGUCCUAAUACGUUAGAAACAUGCAUUGAAUAUCUUGCGUCAAUUUUGAUCUAUCAUUCAGAUUUACAGGAGUAUCAUUUUACUGGCACUACCUAUCGAGGCGUUCUUAUGACUCAGGAAGAACUUUCAGAUUAUGCUGUUGGUAAACGCUUAUUGACCAAAACAUUUCUUUCCACUAGUCUUAAUCCUGUAUUGGCGAGUAUCUUUGCUGGAGUGGGUGAUGCACAAUAUAUGCGGCGAACCAUAGACGACCAAGUAAUUCAAUCUAGCGUUCUUUGUAAAUAUACAAUCAUUAAUGAGAACACUUCUCUACGAAUUGAUUCAAUGUCUGAAUUUGAAAUUGAGCAAGAAGUGUUGAUUCUACCAUUAUCUGCUUUUCAAGUUCAAUCAGUUAAACAACAUCUGAUCGGGGAAAAUGUUUAUGUCCAGAUCGAAUUAGUCGAAUGCUCAAGCAAAGUUCUUACUAUUCCAUAA